AUGUAUAGGAGCACCUAUCUGCGUGAGACCCGAAAGGAGAAAUAUGAGAGGGCUGAUGAAUUACAUGGCUCAGGAGAGCUAAGUAGCUUGGGCCAGGCUCAAGGGCUGGAGAAUCUGCAAGAGCUCAAUGAACGCUUUGCCAACUACAUCAACUGGGCCCGGGGGCUGGAGCAGCGCAAUGCCAUCUUCCGAAAGCAGCUAGAAACUUUCCAGCGUCUAGAUGAGUUGACUAGCUUGGAGGAAGCAUUUUCUGAGCAAAUAGAGCUGAACCUUCAGCGGGCGAGGGACCUGGCUAUUGACCGGGCCAAGCUGGAGCGGGAGGACAAGGAUGCCCAACGAGUGCUCGAUGAGUUCCGAAAUAAGUAUCAAAAUGAAUGUGAAUAUCAGCUCCUGCUGAAAGAAACGCUUGAACGACUGAACAAGGAAGCAGAUGAAGCCUUGUUGCAUAAUCUGGAGCUUCAGAUUGAAUCCCAGUUUCUGCAGGAUGACAUCAGUGCAGCAAAGGACAGGUACAAGAAGAAUCUCUUGGAAAUUCAGACCUAUGUCAGUGUCCUCCAGCAGAUCAUACAGAACACUCCUCCAGUGUCCACAAUUACCAUCGGCGUUAAUGAGGAGAAGCUCAUAGCCGAAAGAAGAGUUCCUAUUCUGCAGAGCCAGCUUGAAGAGUACAAAGGUAUCCUGGCCCAGUUACAGAUGCAGAAAUCCAAACUGCAGGCUGAGACCGUGUCACUGGAACAAACUAUUAAAAACACCCAAGAGAGUUACGAUGAUGAGAUUCAACUUUACAACGAGCAGAUUGAAACUCUGAGGAAAGAUAUUGAUGAUGCAGAAAGAAUGCUCGAAAAGUACACCAAUGACUGCCGCCAGUUGGCAAUAUACCAGCAAUCACUGGAAAAUGAAUUAGAGCGGUACAAGCACAUCAUUGAGAAUGAAGACAACAGGCUGAAUUCUGCUAUAGUGGGAACACCGAUCACACUUUUUACUCAGAGCUACCAAGCUUCUUACAACCUGCCUUCCAGCAGAAAAGAUAUCACCCGAGCUAUUCAGGAUAUAACAACAGUAAAACCAAGACAAAAAGGUCUACCAAAGAAAGCUUCAAGAAAAAAGGAGCUUACAGCUAAAGACAAAUCAGAUGAUACUUUAGAGGACCAGACAGCCAAAAAACCUGUGGAAGGCAAAGACCAUGUGCAGGUUCAAGAUGAAUGCCAAUCAAAGCUGGAAGUGAGGCAUGAAGAACCAGGGACCCUAAAACAAGAAGUAGAACCAGAGGAUGUGCCAGAUGGUGCACAGAUAAGCAAAGCCUUUGGUAAAAUGUGUAAUAUUAUUAAAGAGAGAGUAAGAAGUGACAAAGGAGCUGAACCUCAAUCUGAUCUUUAUACCAAAGGGCGUCACGUCCUUGUUACAGGGGAUGCCAGCUAUGUUGACCCGGACUUUUGUUCUUCAUCCAUCCCAGCAAAAGGUGGGAUUGUUGUUUCUAUUGACCAGAUAUGUGACAGAGAUGAUGUGGAGCCAAUACCAGAGCUGCCUGAGCCUCCAUGCCCGAAUGGAGAAGAUGAGCCAGAGGAACAUGAUGAUGAAUGCAAAAAUCAAGAACAUUCUGGAGAUGGAGAGAAUGAAAGCAGAAGCAGAGAUCAGGGGGAGGUGGGAGAAAAAACUGAUGACAUUCCAAAAGACAAGGGGGCUGUGAAGCCUUGUCCAGCAGUCAUACACGGUCCAAAUGGACAAAGUGCAGGCCAUUCACAGAAGAUCAAGAAAGAUAAAUCUUCUGAGGCAGCAGGUAAAGGGCUGCUAGAGAAAGGCCCCUAUGGAUCCAUGACCUAUGAGAAGGUAGAGGUGGUAGAAUCCAUUGAGAAAUUCUCAACUGACCGAAUUCAGACUUAUGAAGAAACAGCGGUGAUCGUAGAAACGAUGAUAGAAAAGACUAACAGGAAGAAACCAGGAGACAAAAGCUCGUAAAUGGCCCAGACUUAAAGUAGAAAGUGUGUUCAAAAAGUCUUUGAGUGAGGUACUUUAUUUUAGAGUGAAUGAUGAAAUAAUGAGUUUUGUAUUUUGUGCAAGGUGACAGUUGAUACAUCUGUAGUCUCUAAAGGAGCUUUAAUCCUAAAAUUAAAAAGUUCUCUUUCUUUGAGUAAUUGCUUUAGCAAUUUAUAGUGGCCUUGGUGAAUAUAAAUUCUCCAUACUUACAAGAAAUGGAACAUAAAUAUUUUUACAUAUAUUCAAUGAAGUUACUGUCAAAUAACAUUUGUACUUACUGAGAAAUCUUCUUUUCUAGCAUGAUUGUUUCAGGUAUUAUAUUUCAAUAAUUAUCAUUGUCUGGUUUCCAGAUUGAAAAAAAAUGUUAGCGUUCAGCAUUUGGCUCUUUUGCAUUCAAUAAAAGCAUUAUAAUCUCCAGAAUACAUUUGUGGUAGAUGUGUUUUCACCUGCACAUGAAGUUAAGACUUACAUGCCUUCGAUUGAUAGUUACAUGAAUUGAGUAUAUUGUUGGGAGGCUUUUGAGACACUGGGCAAAGUAUUUCGUCAUAUUUUCAUGACAUAUUUGGAAAUUUCUCACUUGUAAAUUACAGACCUAGGGAAUAAGUAAGUCAAACAUUCUCAGUGCACUCUGUGAGACAUGUAGUUACUUAUUUAUAGUAGAAUGAAUGUAAGCUGGGGGCAACUAGUACAGUGGCUAGAUUCCAGUCACUGGGCCUGG